AUGUCUGUUCUUCGUAUUGGUUACGUUCGCGAACACUUCUCGUCUCCGCUACUUCAGUAUGCUGCAGAUGAUGCAGAGAAGACAUUCAAACUCGUUGAAUGUCCCGGUGGGACUGGCCAGCUGAUCUCGAGACUGGAGAACAACGAGAUUGACAUCGCCAUCGCGCUUACCGAUCCUCUGAUUGCUGGUAUCGCAAACGGAAAGGACUUCUACAAACUCGUUGGUUCCUAUGUGACCACUCCGCUUAACUGGGCUGUCAUCACUGGCGUCAACUCUCCUUACCAGAAGAUCGAUGAUCUGAAAGGGACAACUCUUGGUAUCUCUCGCCCUGGUAGCGGAAGUCAGACCAUGGCUUCUGUUAUGGCUUUACGCGAGAAGUGGCCCAGCGACGCCAUCUCCUUCAAAGUGAACAAUGAUAUACACGGUCUUGUCGCCUCUGUCAACGAUGAAUCCACGAGCGCCUUCAUGUGGGAGUGGUUCACGACGAAGCCGUGGGCAGACAGGGGCGAAGUUCGAUUCAUCGGCUCCGUGCCCACUCCCUGGCCAUCCUGGCAAAUAGCGGCUCAUAUCUCGGAGGAACGUGCGCCUCGCGCUGCGCUCAAGCAGUUCUUGACAAAGCUCUCCGAGUAUGUGCGCGCCUUCGAUGCUCCCGAAGCGCGCAAGGAGAAGGACGUCGAGUUCAUCAAGAGCACCUUCGGAUACCCCGAGGCUGAUGUUCGUGCAUGGCUCGACACGGUUGCCUACCCGAAGGAUUGCGACAAGAUUCCUACGUCGGACAUCAGCGAGACCGUUGCCGUACUUGUCAAAGCUGGUGUGGUCAAGCCUCUGCCAAACGGGGAAGCCUACAGGGCUGAGUCGUUCAUUGAUGCGACCGUCACCUCGCUCGUCUGA